GAUGGCAUCCAUCAGAUGGGACUGAUGAGAGGAACGUCCCACUGCAGUUGAGGAACGCCCUGGAAGCCAUGAGGGAUAAAUCACAUCCUGUUCCACACAAAGACUUCCUCAACUGCCUCUACUAUCAAGCCAUCCAACCAUCCACUCAACAAGAUGCAGAUGAAAUAUUCCACAUCAUCCUAAAUCUCAGUCAGAAGCAGAUGUCUGAUGCUGCUGUGGCUCAGGAAAUCCGCAGUCUCUAUGAGAUAAAGGUAGAGACCCAGGUGAUGUGUUCAAAGUGCAAAUUCAUUCACGGAGUGCCCAGCUCUCUCUUCAGCCUUCCUUUGGCAAUCUGUGAAAGAGAAAACACCCUGGAAAGCUGCAUCAAGUCUUUUUUCAAGCUACAAAAGCUGCCGGACAGCGAGAAGUUUUACUGUGACCGGUGUGAUGAAAAGCAGCCGUCCACUCAUGAAGUGAAACUUGCCUCAUUGCCUCCGAUUCUGUGUGUCCACUUGAAAAGAUUCAGAAACAAUGAUGGUUUCACCAGGAAACUCUUCAACAAAGUCACCUUUCCUGAAAAAUUCAGCACUGGCCUUUUUGCUGCAGGACAAUCAGAAAAUGCUGAUUGUCUCAAGGCUGAUGAGGGUUACAGUCUCUGUGCAGUAGUAGUGCACAUAGGAACUGCCAUGUUUGGUCACUGCACAGCUUUCAUCAGAUCAAAUCAGGACGAGAUGUGGUAUUAUGCUGAUGACAGCCACGUGCGACAAGCCACAUGGGCAGAAGUGCAGGACACAUAUGGAGGGUCCCAUUGGUAUGGAGACACAGCCUACUUGCUUCUGUACAGGAAGAAGAGCUGGAAUUCAUCUGGAUAACUGUUGGGAACACUGACUGCAGCACUCGAUAAACACUAUAUGAAUUAAUGCAGAGAAUAUUUCAAGAUUAGGACCAACGUCUAUUUAUAUUUUGGGUGUAAGUAUGAAGAAAGGUGUUAAAGAAUGUAAAUCAGUAUAUUUUCAUGUUGAUUGGGGUUUAUAUAGGACUGUAUUUUAUGUAGGAUUAUCCUAUUUU